CCAUCUUGUUUUUUUCAUGAUAACAAACAUUUUUGAGAUUGCCAUUAUGUAAAAUCUCUUACUACUCAUCAUUAAAAACAGAUUGAUAUCAUUCCCAAUUUUGUACCUUCAAGGAGUCAUGAGUUACACGGUUUUCUAAUUGUUGGGAUUGGCAUUUGGUAGAAAAAGCGUGUUUUCCGCUGCAAACAGUACUUUUCUCUCUUUUUCCGAUUACGCUCCAACCGUGGAAUAAUGGACUUACAGCCUCACCAGACUCCUUACCAGAUGUCAUUUUAAAGCUUUGGAAAUAUUAUAAAACACUGUACCAAUAACACUAGUGUAUGUUUACUGCGAAUACAUUUACAGGGUGGAAAGUGAAAUAUUGCCCCCGAAAAAAUGUAUGUUUCAAGUUUUUGAAGUUGAAUAAUUCAUGAAAAGAGUGGUAGAAAUGUGAUGAUUCUCUCGAACAUCAUAGUUUGGUUAAUUCUAAAACACUUUGGUGAUAAAACCAAUCUGAUAUAUCUCACAUUAACGGUUCUCUUCUGAACGGUUUGCGAUAUCGAUGUGCGGUUUUCGCCAUUAAUUUUUUCUUAAAAUUCUGUAUAAAAAUCGUUUAUCGCAUGACCACCUUCCUAUUUAGAAAAAUAAAGUUGCAUUCAAAAUGGCGGAUCCAAGAUGGCAGACCAGAUUUUGAGACACGCACAAUGUUCGCGCACUCUGCCUGGCUGUGCGCGUACAAUUUGUGCAGCACUUGUCUUGAUGGUGGGAGAACAUCGUGUUCGUCAACAUUGUUGCGCACUUCAUUUUAGCUUCUGCUACCGGAGCGAAAACAUUUUGUGCGUAACCUGUGUUUCUGUCUGACCGUUCAAUUUUUACUUUUCUAUAUUUUGAUAUUCCUCUUUGAAAAAUGGAAUGGACAAAUGAAAAAAUUAUCAGUUUCAUUAAUGAAAUAGAGAUGAGGCCAGUCAUGUGGGAUGUGUGUCAUGUGGACUAUAAAAAUAGAAAUAAAAAACAUUACGCAAUGAAUAAGAUUAGUGAAAUUUUCAAGUGUGAUGCAACAGAGGUUCUGCGGAAAUGGAAGAUAAUAUUGGCACAGUUUCGACGGGAGAAACAAAAAAUUAAAGCUUCAAAACGUACGGGCUCUGCAGCUUCUGAAGUGUACAUCCCAAAGUGGUUCGGAUUUCAACACUUGGAAUUUUUAAACGACAGAGAUGAGCCCAAUGAAAGCAUAAACACACUAGACGACAUAAAUGAUCAGUUAACUGAAAUGCAACAACAAGGUGGAGAAGAACUGUUUACUGAAAAUGAACAAGUGGCAAAGGAAUCUGUUGAUACCUCACUACAAUCAAUCAAUCUACCAAUCAAGCGUUCUACAGCUAAAAGACAGCGACUACACAAUAAAAACGAUGCAAUGGUAUCAGAAGCCUAUGAAGUCAUGAAAGAUAUGCAAGAAAAACUUGACCGUACAAAUAAUGACGCGAUACAAGUUUUUUCUACUGGUGUCGCAGCUAAAUUGCGGCAAAUUCCAAAUGAUCGCAUAAAACUUCUAGUGCAAAGAGAUAUCGACAACUUAUUGUAUGAUGCAAUACUUGGCAUUGGAAAGUAUCAUACUACACCAAUGCCAUCACCAUAUUCGGGGGGAGCCAUCAUACCGUGACAAGUAUUCUCAAUCUUCACGGUCCAAUGAGUUAUAUUCGACAGCUAACCCAAAUGAUACAAGGGUGGACCAUCAAAGUACGGAAUAUUCUGUAGACGAUUCGUGGUACAUGAAGUAAUUUACAAAUUUACAUUGAAAGUUACAUAAAAUUUGUAUUAUAAUUUUUAUAUAAUAAAUCAACAUUUUUUAUUACUUAUUUUUUAUUUUAUUGUGUUAGAGGCGAGAGGUAAUAACAUGCAUCACAAAACGUUACUUGUUAUUGUGAAGUUG